AUGAACCAAAAUGAAAAUGAAAGUAAGAAAAAAAUAAAUGUAGGAGAAGGACUUGGUAAUAAAAUAAAAAGACAAACGAAUAUAUAUGACAAGAAAGAGCAAGUAAAAGAGAAAGUGAGGGCGAUAGAAGAACAGAAAACACAAAAAGUUGAAAGACCGAAAAGAGAAGAGGACAGAAGUGAAAAAGAAGUGAAACUAAAACAACAAAAAGAAUACACAACAAGGGAAGAAGAAAGACGAAAACGACUAGAAGAGGAAAGACAAAGACUAGAAAAAACUUACGAAUUGAUAACAGCUGUCAUACAAUGGGUAACAAAGAGACUAGAAAAAGGUUUGAGAAAACCUAAAAUGGAUGAGCUUGAAGAAUGCCACUGCAAAGAACUAGAAGAACAAACUAAACCGUUUAAAAACUUGGUAAGACUACAGAGACACUACACAGAAUAUAUAAAUUGGGGAACGGAAGAGAAAGAAAAGCAUAGAGAAUAUGACCGCAGAACGAAAGAAAUAAAACAGGAAGAAAAAGGGUUAGGACUGCAGAAACAACAUACAAUAUGUGAGUCUUGUGGAUUGGAAAGAAAAACAAAGCUAUUGGAUAAACUCAUAGCAUACAAUCAGCGGAAAGACAUUAUACGUCACGAAAUCGUACAGUCUGAGAGAAAUCUAAGAGAAGCAAUAUAUAAAUAUGACAGAAGCCUGAAAGAAGUACGUAAACGACAGGAGGAACAGAAGAAAUUGAUAAAA